AUGGUCGGCUGUGAGGAUCGGCUCGGUAGCAUAGAGGGAAGGAGGACGGCGCUAGAGCAAAUUGAACGGCUCUGCUUGGCUGUGCUCGCGCGUCGCCGGCGCUUGGACAAGGAGGAAGAAGGGAGGCGCGUCGGUCGGCGGUGGCUCGUCGAACCAGAGGAGGGGGAAAGGAAAUCGGGAGGCGGCGGCGGAGAUGCUAGGGAACAAAGGAGUCGGGCUCGCGAAACUUCUCUGUCCGGAAACCAGACCAUCACCUCCAGAGGCGGCAGGUUCGUGCUUGGCUUUUUCACGCCACCAGGCAGCGGCGGCAACUAUUACAUCGGCAUCUGGUACGGUGAGAUCUCUGUGCUCACCCCCGCGUGGGUGGCCAACAGAGUCACUCCAAUCACCGACCAAACCACGUCGGAGCUUAAGAUCUCUGACGAUGGCAACCUCGUCCUCCUCAACCAGUUCAAAUCCGUCAUAUGGUCCACCAACGUCACCACCAUCCCAUCCUCCGACUCCACAGUCGUCGCGGUCAUCCUUGACAACGGUAAUCUCCAGCUCAGGGAUGGAUCCAACUCCUCGCUCGUCUUCUGGCAGAGCUUUGAUCACCCCACUGACACUUGGCUUCCUGGUGCCAAGUUGGGGUUCAAUAAGAUCACCAAAAGAUCCCAGCACCUCACUUCCUGGAAGAAUAAAGUUGACCCUUCUCCUGGGAUCUUCACCUUUGAGAUGGAUCCGACUGGACUCUCACAAUACUUGAUUUUAUGGAAUAUGUCUCGCAUAUAUUGGGCUAGUGUACUGUGGGAUGGCCACUUAUCUAGUUUAGUGCCUGUGGGAUUUAUGUACCACAUGCAAGUAGUCAAUGAUACAGAUGAGAUGUAUAUCACAUUCACGGCAGAUGUUGCCAAUCAUUCCAUGUAUAGAGUGGUAUUGGAUAAUGAUACCGGCCAGAUCCAAGUACAGGUGUGGAUAGAGAAUUCGAAGUGA